CAUAGCCUGUUGGAAGGAUCCGGACACGCGAGGCCGGCGUGUGUUGGAUGCUCACAUUUCUUUUCUCUUUUUUCUUCUUUUUCCGCAAUGGAGAACGAUAUUCUGGACUCGCUGGAGGACCUAGGGUAUGAUGGCGACAUUAGCAACGAGACCACCUUGAGAGCAGCCGUUGAGGGAAGUGAAGGUGGACCCAAGAGUGUUUCGUACACAAAGCUCGUUGCUUGGAUCACCUCAGAGUUGCGCGUCUUGGCCAAGCUAGAGGAGAUGGUGAAUGCCACGACAUCCCCAGAGGAGCACUCAUCCUUCCUUAUGGAGCUCUCUGCGUUUCUCAAGGAAUUAGGAUGCCCUCAUACACAACUGACCGAAGGCCCUGUCAGCCAGCGAUUGACAUCCACAGAAACACGGCUUCUGUUGCUGGAUUUCCUUCUAGCCGAACUUAUGGCAGCUCGUAUGUUGUCCAGUGCCACCCCAGAGCAAGGCAUGACAGUGGAAAUGCGUGAGAGUGAACAUGCAAGGGACCUGAAGGCUUUGCUGAUUGCUCUCGGCUUUCCCAAACCCCCAGCCAACAUCACUCCACAGCAGCUUUUUAUGAAAGUUGAACAGAAGGUAAAUGAUGUGAAGAGUAAAGCCCACCCAUCUCUCAUUGGUAAACCAUUGUUUAAUGGAACUCUGUCAGACAAGCAGUGGGCUCUGUUGGACGAGAUGCAGAAAGAAAUGCAGUCAGAAUACCAGAUGAGACGCGAGAUGUUGAUCAAGCGUCUUGAUGUCACUGUGCAGUCUUUCCAGUGGUCCAACAAAGCCAAAAUGCGAGAAAAUGACUUGGUGAAAGCGUUCCGAUCCCGAAGAGACCAGCUGACAGAAAUCCCGAGUGUGUCUGUAGGGGACAUGCUUGCAGCUAGGGAAGACUUGGCAGUCUUAGAGAAGACCAGCAAUGCAUCCGUGCGCAAGGCUACUAAAACACCCCUGAAUAAGGUCCUGAUAGGAAAGGUUCCAGAUCGAGGUGGCCGAGCGCACGAGCUGGAGCCUCCCCCGCCUGAGAUGCCAUCUUGGUCGCAGAGGCAACCAGGAGGAGGAGGUCAGGGUGGGAGUAGUAGUUCUCAGCAAGGUGGUUCAGGUGGAUUUGGAGGUGGUCAACAAGGUGGUUCAGGUGGCUAUGGAGGUGGUCAGCAAGGUAGUCAGGGAGGCUAUAGUAGUGGUCAGCAAGGCUUUCAGGGAGGCUUUGGAGGCCAAGGUGGUCAAGGUGGAUAUGGUGGUGGUGGACAGCAAGGUGGUCAAGGUGGCUAUGGUGGUGGUGGCCAACAAGAAGCAGGUACCCAAGAAUCAAAGAGAGGUGGCUAUGGAGGACGAGGAGGUGGCCGCGGAGGGCGUGGUGGUGGAGGUGGAAGUGGCUUCUCCUCAGGAGGCGAUCGAGUCCAAGGUGGCUGGAACCAGGGCGGAGGAUACAACCGUGGCGGCGGAGGCUACGACAACCGAGGAGGCGGCGGAGGCUAUGACAACCGAGGUGGCGGCGGAGGCUAUGAUAACAGGGGAGGGGGUGGUGGAUAUGAUAACAGGGGAGGUGGUGGAGGCUACGAUAAUCGGGGUAGCUAUGACAAUCGUGGUGGUGGUGGCUACCGAGGCGGUGGCCAUGGUGGCUAUGAUAAUAGGGGUUAUGACAACAGAGGCAGGGGCCGAGGGAGGGGGGGAAGAGGAGGUAAUAGGUACUAGGCUAACACUUCUAAGACUUCAUUUAAGGACCGUUGAUAAAAAGUUUUCACCAUUGGCUGACCUGGAAAAAAAUGUGAAUGUAUAUCCUAGCAUGUAUCUAUUUAAAAAGCAUAUUCGACAACAGAUGAACAA